AUGCAUGCUACACGAGUUUUACUUGGGCGCUCCGUGUGGAAGGGCCCGAACAUCGUACCCCUCCCUCUCCCCCGCACACUCCCCCCUCCGCCAGGCACACCCCCGAUCAGAACGCAGAAGCGUGCGGCAACAAUCCUCCCGAACUUCGUCGGUCUGCGAUUCUCCGUGCACAAUGGAAAGACGUACCAAGAUAUUCUGAUCACCGAGGAGAUGGUCGGGAAUAAGCUGGGAGAAUAUGUUCCGACUCGAAAGAGGUUCACGUACAAGAUGUCGAAGAACAAAUAA